GCGCGCGCGCGCGCUCCAGGUGUGCUUACUAUCACAACGCGGAAGUGGACUGUCAACAACAGCACAGGGAUCCGCUGAACUCACUUGUCUUGUGUCAGACACGAUGACAGACAAUGACGGGCCCCGUUUCUGUCACAAAUGUUCCUAUGCGUGUUUCAAAUUCACCUUGUUCUUCUAUGCCGUCGUCUGGUGGUUAAUAGGGGGAUUUAUCCUGGCCAUUGGCAUCUAUGCUGAGGUGGAGAGACAGCGCUUUAAGACACUGGAGGGAGUGUUUUUGGCCCCAGCUAUAAUUCUGAUCAUCCUGGGAAUCAUCAUGUUUGUUGUUUCAUUCAUUGGAACUUUGGGUUCACUGAGGGAUAAUCUAACUAUGCUGAAAGUGUUCAUGUACUGUCUCUCAGUGUGUCUAUUCCUGGAGAUGCUGGGAGGAGCCUUGGCGCUCGUGUUCCGCAACCAGACGGUGGAAUUACUGAACAAGAACAUCAGAAAAGGCAUAGUGAACUACUAUGAUGACCUGGACUUCAAAAACAUCAUGGACCAUGUUCAAAAGCAGUUCAAGUGUUGUGGAGGUCAAGAGUUUACAGACUGGGGGGUCAACAUGUACCACAACUGUUCUGGACGUGGUCCAUUGGCUUGCGGUGUCCCAUAUACUUGCUGCGUUACUAAGAAUCCUAAAGAGGUGGCCAACACUAUGUGUGGGUACCAGGUGCUGGAUAAAGAGCGUUUGAGCUUGCUCGAUACCAUCUAUAUCAGAGGCUGCACUGAUGCUUUCUUCAUCUGGCUGAUGGACAACUACAGGAUUAUGGCUGGACUGCUGCUAGGGAUCCUACUGCCUCAGUGUUUGCCCAAGCUCUCACAGAUGGCAGGGCUUUAACAGGUGCAACUUGAGUUUCCACAUGUGUGAGUAACGGAAGCAUAUUUUAAAAAAUUAUCCAUAUUCAACAGCCUGUCUAAUUCAAGCAACUUCAGAUGACUAAGUGGGAAAAAAUGCAAAUUGCUUCACUUCAGGCACAUGUGACAACGCCAUCAGCACUGACAAAAUAAGCAGUGCAGUUUUAACAAAUGUACUGCAUGCUGCUCCAUGUCAUUUACAUUUGAUGUGUGUUUAGGCUGAACAGGCCGAGUUUAAAAUGAACAUUUUAGCCAAAAGAUUUCUGAAAUUGUCAGACUUUGAAAAAACAAACAAACGAUACUGUGACACCUGUAAACCCACAUUUUCUCACAUUAUGUAUUUACAUAUGUGUCAUUUUCCCUUUAUAUCCAUUUUUCUAACCAGAGUCAUUGGAGGAUGUAGGCAUGACGGACACGGGCUAUUUUUCAUUGCUUUAUCAUUUUUGCCUUCUUGCAUGUCAUUUCAAUUCAGGAUACAUUGAAAUCCAGUCUCACACACAGAGACAUACACUGGCAGUUGUGAAUGAUUGAAUGCAGAUGGUGCUGGGCUUCAGCUAGUCAUCCAGGCAUGAAGAUGGGAAGCUUCUCAUUUGCCCUUUUCAUGACACUUUGCUUAUUGCUUCACAGCACAGCUGACCUAAAAAAUUGACCUGGUCUGUCAUCUUGAAGGACUUCUCAAUUCCCCUAUUUCUGUUCUGAGGAGUGGAUUCACUCGACCAUCCUUUGCCAGAGUCGCUUACCAGACCAACAAAUUUCAUUUUUCACCAGAAGGAUUUUUCUUUUCAUUGUCAGUCAUUUUUACCUGUAUCAUCAAAGAGUUGUCUCAUCUUUUAGCAUAAACACCAUUUAAAAAAACUGUUUUGAUGAGGUUGACAAACCCCGUGUCAGAUAGAUCUUAACAUGUUUACACAAUUUCCACCUUCCCUAUAACAUGUUACUAUAUUAUUUCAACAAAUUCUGAGACUUCCAUCUCAUAACUUGAUCAGUUUACAAACAAAGCAGCAAAAAAUGCAAUUGCAAAUAAUUAAUAAAUAAUGAAAUGUUGUUGACUUAAUGUGCCUGAGCAGUACAGACUGUGGUUUGGCUCUUUCCUCAAUAUCAGUACAAAAUACAUGUUUUUAAUAAAUGUAGGGGUGCUUCAGGAAGCAACGAUAUGCAGAGGUAUUUUCGCGUUAACUUCUGUCCUGCUGCCGUGCUGGCAGUAAUAACUGUGCACCCUUCAGCACCUGCAGAGUGACAGUUCAUUCAGCUGUACCAUUGUCGUCAGAAAUUGCUGUCGAUUCAGAUCACGGUUCAGAGGAAAGGACGUUUCAUUUCUCUAAAAUGAUGUCUCCGUGAGUCGUCUUUCAUUUCAUAUCUUCCUCACAUCCUUCAUGACUAAGACACAAGUGAGGGAAACAUUCAAGGCAAAUGAGAAGCACCCAUGAUAGCCUCCCUUGCCUUCCUUCCUACACUUAGCUUCUCUCUCUGU